CUGAGCUGCAGCAGCAUGCUGGUGACAGUAGGAGAACUAUGAGGCCCCCUGGUGGUGUGGAGACACCUGAAACCAUGGCUAACAGAGCCAGAGGAGGUGAGACAGAGCCCUCACCCCUGGCCCUGCACUCCAUACUGUACAUGGCUGCAUGAGGUUCUCAGCAUUGACACAAGCAGUUGUGUAUUUCAAGCUGAUAUUGUGCUCAAGUUUGAUUACUUCAUGAAUCAGUAUUUAGAUCAUGAAUUAGUUAUAAACAGAAGAUAUUGCCAAUUAUUGUGAUAAUGAUUGUGUGGUCCCUAAAACAUCUGUCUACAGAGUCAGUGCUUCUGGAGCGGAUCAGAAAGAAUAAGAUCUCCAUAGCUCUGUUCCUGGUCCAGAAGGCUCUGCUGUCCCACAAGAAGGACCAGAACAGCAGCGCCACCAAGAGGCUGCUAGAGGUAAAGACACAGAAAAUGACACUGAAAAUGUCCAUUGAAUAUCAUGUUGAUUUUGAUUUGAUUUAUUAGGAUUCCCAUUAGCCGAUGGCGACAGCUAGUCUUACUGGAAUCUUACUGUUGAUAUGACACAUUAUGAUUGGAGACACAUAAUAUACCAAAUGCCAUUCUAUAAAAACGCUUGGCUUGUCCAUCAUGUUGAUAUGUACAUUACAAGCGAAUGACUAAUGCCUUUCAUUGGUAUACACCAGGACUGCCCAACCCUGUUCCUGGAGAGCUACCGUCCUGUAGGUUUUUGCUCCAACCCUAAUCUAGCACACCUUAUUCUAAUCAUUAGCAGGUUGAUAAGAUGAAUCAGGUUAGUAACACCUAGGGUUGGAGCAAAAACCUACAGGAGGGUAGCUCUCCAGGAACAGGGUUGGGCAACUCUGGUACACACAAUAAAUAGCUAGUUGUGCUAGCCUUAUUUGAGUUUUGCCCACCAUUGAGGUUUUCACCCAUUCCCUGUAUUCUCCCUGUGUUGGUCACAGGAGGCUGUUGUCCUGAUAGAGAAGGCAGAGGUGGAGGAGAGGAAGCUGUUCAGCUCCUCAGGUUCGUCGGAGAGGAAGGAGGGAGGAGGAGAGGAGAAGAGAAACACUAGACCUCCUCCUUCUCCUAUCCUCCUGUCCCGUACCUACCACUCCAUGACCUUCACUCCUGCACCCUAUGCCCUGGAGGAACAGGUGAUAGGACAUCUACAAUAAGCAGAUACUCCUGUCCAGAGCAAUCAGUGUGUAGACUACAGUGUGAGGAUGGUGAUAAUUAGGAUUGGGAUCAUGAGGAUCAUAUCCAGAGCAACUCUCACUCGAAGUACAGUCUGAAGUAGGGGCAGUAAUGUUCUCAUGCUACUCUCAUACUGUAGCUGGGAGGAAUGACAUACUGUAUGACUUUGUGGGUGCUAUUUUAGCAUAAGGAUAUUAUUUAUGUAUUUUUAUUUUAGCAGGGAUUCAUAUGAUAGUAUGAUAGUGUUUUACUGUAAGGAUAGUAUGAUAGAUCAUAUUAUAUAGACAGUAGCAUGUUGUCUCUCCAUGGUGUGGUGCAGGUGUGCUGGUACCAUAUCUAUGCACGUGAGGCUGAGGGAAUCAACCUGAAAGUCAGACUAGGAGACAACAACCUGGUGGGCACUGGAGACGAGGUAGGUUACUCUACAUAAUGUCUACUGACACCUACAGUCGUGGUCAACAUUUUUGAGAAUGACACAAGUAUUGGUCUUCACAAAGUAUGCUGCUUCAGUGUUUUUAGAUAUUUUUGUCAGAUGUUACUAUGGUAUACUGAAGUAUAAUUACAAGCAUUCCAUAAGUGUCAAAGGCUUUUAUUGACAAUUACAUAAAGUUUAUGCAGAGAGUCAAUAUUUGCAGUGUUGACCCUUCUUUUUCAAGACCUCUGUAAUCCGCCCUGGCAUGCUGUCAAUUAACUUCUGGGCCACAUCCUGACUGAUGGCAGCCCGUUCUUGCAUAAUCAAUGCUUGGAGUUUGUCAGAAUAUGUGGGUUUUUGUUUGUCCACCCGCCUCUUGAGGAUUGACCACAAGUUCUCAAUGGGAUUAAGGUCUGGGGAGUUUCCUGGCCAUGGACCCAAAAUGUCGAUGUUUUGUUCCCCGAGCCACUUAGUUAUCACUUUUGCCUUAUGGCAAGGUGCUCCAUCAUGCUGGAAAAGGCAUUGUUCGUCACCAAACUGUUUUUGGAUGGUUGGGAGAAGUUGCUCUCGGAGGAUGUGUUGGUACCAUUCUUUAUUCAUGGCUGUGUUCUUAGGCAAAAUUGUGAGUGAGCCCACUACCUUGGCUGAGAAGCAACCCCACACAUGAAUGGUCUCAGGAUGCUUUACUGACACAGGACUGAUGGUAGCGCUCACCUUGUCUUCUCCGGACAAGCUUUUUUCCGGAUGCCCCAAACAAUCGGAAAGGGGAUUCAUCAGAUGACUUUACCCCAGUCCUCAGCAGUCCAAUCCCUGUACCUUUUGCAGAAUAUCAGUCUGUCCCUGAUGUUUUUCCUGGAGAGAAGUGCCUUCCUCGCUGCCCUUCUUGACACCAGGCCAUCCUCCAAAAGUAUUCUUCUCACUGUGCGUGCAGAUGCACUCACACCUGCCUGCUGCCAUUCCUGAGUAAGCUCUGCACUGGUGGUGCCCCGAUCCCGCAGCUGAAUCAACUUUAGGAGACGGUCCUGGCGCUUGCUGGACAUUCUUGGGCGCCCUGACGCCUUCUUCAUAACAAUUGAACCUCUCUCCUUGAAGUUCUUGAUGAUCCGAUAAAUGGUUGAUUUAGGUGCAAUCUUACUAGCAGCAAUAUCCUUGCCUGUGAAGCCCUUUUUGUGCAAAGCAAUGAUGACGGCACGUGUUUCCUUGCAGGUAACCAUGGUUAACAGAGGAAGAACAAUGAUUUCAAGCACCACCCUCCUUUUAAAGCUUCCAGUCUGUUAUUCUAACUCAAUCAGCAUGACAGAGUGAUCUCCAGCCUUGUCCUCGUCAACACUCACCUGUGUUAACGAGAGAAUCACUGACAUGAUGUCAGCUGGUCCUUUUGUGGCAGGGCUGAAAUGCACUGGAAAUGUUUUUGGGGGGAUUAAGUUCAUUUUCAUGGCAAAGAGGGACUUUGCAAUUAAUUGCAAUUAAUCUGAUCACUCUUCAUAACAUCCUGGAGUAUAUGCAAAUUGCCAUCAUAAAAACUGAGGCAGCAGACUUUGUGAAAAUUAAUAUUUGUGUCAUUCUCAAAACUUUUGACGACGACUUUACACAGCAAGUUCUCACUUUGUCUGCUGCCCUCUUCAGGUACACAUGUUAUAUUGCCAUAGGUAUGCAUUACAGUUCUGUUGUCUUUCAAUGCAGCCCCCACCAAUGUUCCCGAAAUGUGUUUUUGGCACUGGGCAAAUAUUUGGUCUGCUGAGCGCAAACUUGAACUUUGUAAAAAAUGUUGGCCCUCGUUUACUGUGAACACUGAGGCUGUACCCGCUUUAAGUUACAGUUUUAACAGUGGCCAAGUAGCCUACUGUGGCUAUUUGAUCAUAAUGUAGGCCUACCAGAGUGCCCUACCAUCAAAAACAAUGCUACAGUAGCAGCAAAUGUGUGGUGUUCAAUAUAGGCCUACAUUGCAUGAGACUUUAGAAAAAAAAACAUCCACUUGUCCUUCAGACAUGAAAAUGUUGUUGUUUGAUGCAAGAAACCACCUUACAAAAUUCAAUUAAUUAUUAUUCCCAUACCAUUAUUACAGAGAAUCAGACAAAUUAUGCUGCCCUCUGCCUAUUGGCUUCGUAGCUUAUUCAAGACUGUCUCAAAAUACAACCCUGCCCCUUUAAGACAAAAAGCUCUUCACCUGACUUGCUUUUCAAAGAUGGCUAGAAAUGUACACAUUUUGUGCUCUUGUAGGAAGCAGCUGCUCCCCUAUUGUUGACUAGAAAUGAGCUAUAACUGGGCUAAUAACUCAAUAACUAGCAAAGAAUAUGAACAAAUGUGCACAGGUGGCUACAUGCAGCUCUCGCUUUGAUCUCAAAACAAGCGCAUCUAUUCGCGACCGCUCAUGCUGUAAAAAUAGUCCAGUUCAAAGUUAUGGCAGAUCCAUAUAUGGCAAUGGCUAUUUUCAUAUUAUGGCGCACCGGUCUGUGUAGAGUAAGGCCUGAGUCGUGCAUGUCAAUGUAAUAGAAUCCUACUCCAAUUCGCUCUGCCUACAAGAAAAUCUCUUGCACAGUUAGUUUAGCAUACUAAAUCUUGCGUAGUUCAUUUUGCUUCGAUAUAUUACUUUGAAAGUGGCUAAUAUUGCGUUGAUUCGAGCACACUCCCACAGUAAAGUUAAACGUUGAUAGUGUUAACUAAAGGGGAAAACUCUAGAAAGUUGAGUGAAGUUCAAGCUCGUGCUUCUCUGCGUGGGCUGAUAUUUAUUCUGUGCAGUAGUCCAAGGGGAGCUGCGCACCCAUGCACAGCUUAGAGGGAACAUUGGCCCCCAGUCAUUAUUCCCAAGACAUCUGCACUCAUGGUUGGGCUAGCUAGUUUCAUAGAAAUAGAAUGAAUAGAUUUUCAUUAUAUUUCAACGGCUAGACUUUUCUUAAACUCUGUGUCCCUGUGUUUCUGCCCAGGUUCCUGCAUCAGGGGAGCGACUGCUACGAGUGGAAUGCUUGGAGCCGAACCAGAAGUAUGUGUUUGCUGUAGCAGCCUAUGACGCCGGGGGUAAACUGGUGGGCAAUGCCAUUGGAGAGACAACCAGGCCGCUGCUGGCCUCCCUGCCUCUGCCGCUGCUCACCACCUGGGCACACCUGGCACAGGUACUGAGGAAGGAAUCCUAACUCGAGAUACACACUCACAUAUUUAUCAUGUAACAUGAUAUUCAAAUCCUGUAGCUGUGUUUGUCAAUCAAAGACUUGAGAGAAGGUUUGUGUUAUAGCUACACACACAUCUCACGUUAGGAUUCUGCCCUAUAUAAGGUCACGGAUGUAUUGAGUGUGCGUGGGUUACUGUAUGGAUAAUCUGGUGACUGUAGAACCCACUCUCCCUGUCUGUUUUGUGUCCCAUGCAGGCAGCGUACCAGACAGGGCAACAUGCUCUAGCCAAGAGAGCCUGCAGUGAGCUGUGGAGCCACUUCACCCAGCCUAAAGGUCUUCAGGAGCCAGUGGCCACUUUAGACGGGCUAGCUCAGACCGGGUGAGGACAACACACUGAGGAUAUGUGUUUGUUUGAGAUACUUAUUCCCUCACAUUCCUUUCUUUCAUGGCUCUUGUUAAUCUGUCCCCUCUUUCACUCGAUUUCCUUCUCCUUUUCUCAUCCCCCCCUCCCCCUCUCUUCUCUCUCCCUCCUCCUCUGCAGGCUGCGUUUGGAGACUCUGCAGCGCUCCUCUCCUCUCCUCCUCCACCUCUUCCUCUCCUCCAUCCUUAUGCAGACAGAGAUCCACAUCCAGGAGGGUGCGCUGUUCUGUGACACCCUCAGUGACAGGGGACCACUCAUUUGGGGACAGGUAAGUGCACUAAGGCAGUGUUUCCUAAAUGGAUGGAUCCUUUAGGGUCAUGGCUGUAAACUGGGCUCUGGGUAAGAAUAUUUGUUUCUUUUACUUGGUGUGUCAUAAGAAAAAGAGAAAGUCCAAGAGUCCCAGCGUGGGAACCACAUGUGGUAUUUCGAUUUUUUAGAAUGUAAUAUAUGUGACUCUGAGUGAGAAGCAAGCAUGACAGUGAGAGAUGUUAGAGAGGGUGGUAUGAUGGCAGCUGUGUUUACUUUUACCCCCUCCAGGAGGCCAGGUUGGCAGAGUGUGAACGGAUGCUGGUGGCCAUAGACCUGGCUCUGUGGCUGAAUGACAGCAGCACCGCCCUGCAGGCCGUGGUGGGGUGUUAUGGCCUGCUGGCCCCGCUCAUGUUUCACCAGAUCCCAGCAGAGCCUGUUUUACAGGUAAGGUACAACCUACUGCGCUCCUGAUUGACUCUUGACUCUUAAUGACUCAGUGAAGUAUCAAAGGCCUGUUUCCUGGACCCAGAUUAAGCCUAUUUGUGUACUUCUAAAGCACCUUCGAUGUAGAUUCUCCAUUGAGCAUGCUUUUUAGUCCAGGGGGUUAGGCUUAGAUAUGUGUGAACUGUUAUUGUUUUUGGAAAAAUGUUGCCUAUUGUGUGUAAAUUAUUGCUUUACUAUUAUGAUUAUCACACUGCUGUGCUGAUCUUAGGUGCCUGUAAAUGUGGGUGUAAACAACAUUUAUGUCUCUUCCAGGUGCUGAUGAAGUGCCUGGCAGUGCUGACAGAGAUCUCAGGAGUUGUCAAACAGAAACGCCAAGCCACCACCUCAGAGUCUCUCCUUCACAUGAUAGCCUGUAUAACAUAUUAUGUUGCCAAGGUAACCGUGUGUUUGCAUGCGUGUGUCAGGGUAUAAUAUUUUCCUGAGAAUCUACACAUUUUCCUUCCAGAGAAAAUUGCAAGAAAUUACCGGGCAUCUCUGUAUUCCCGUUCAAACCGAAAGGGCUAUUUAAAAGCAUAUGAUACCAUCGAAAAAAAUUCGGAAAUGAUUAUACCACUGUAAAUGGAGACAUGAACACAUGAAUCAAAAGUUUUGUUGUCGUAUUUGUUGCGAUUUGAUAAACUCAAUGUUCUCUCAAAGUCACCAUAAUAUUUUGUUGGUGUAGCCUAUUCAUGUAGGCCUAUGAAGCACUGUUGGCCAACUGGUAAAAUAUUAUGAGGUCUAGUGAAAAUUACAUUGUUUUAACCUACCUUUGACUGAAAGAUGUCACUUAUUGGCCCCUUUUCCCUCCCCUUGCACCUGGCUCUCGAGGGAAUUUGGGAAGGUUGUGGCUGUUUUAGGGCUGACCCCAUUUAGUCAACUGGUCGAUUGUUUGGUCGAUAGGCUGUUGGUCGACCAAGAUUUUUUUAGUCGAACAGUCUAAAAUAUAUAUAAAAAUUUUUAUGGCACAUGAGACACCUGUCUGAUUCACGCCCGUCUCAGUGGACUAAUCCAUUGCGGAGGCCGCGGGGAUGGCACACCAGUAUCACCAGUAGUCCAUUUACCCUCAAUUACCAUCAUUUCUAACCUACAAUGUUUGUUUGGUUACGGUAAUUUCUGUUAAAUUCAAUAUUCAAUAUAUUAUUAUUACAGUCUUUUAAUGUUCUCAUUGUCGGAGUGGACACGUUGUUUGCGGACCGCACAACCUAGGCUACACUUGUGAGCUACAAGUUUAGGUUUAUUUCAUUCCAUUUAGGAGUUUAUUCAUUGUCGUUUGUAGCGCUCCUGUCAAUGUUGAGUAAGGACGCAAACCUGAUUAUACAUAGAAGUAGGCCUAGGGUAUCUGGCCUGCGCGCAAAUGUAGGCCUAUAAAUGUGCCCAUUUGGGGAUCUGAUAGUAUUUCUGAUUGUCUUAACUCACCACCACUGUGGAACUUCUCAAAGUAAAUGUUUCAUCACCUCAAACAGCAAGUAAACUUAGUCUGUUUUUACAUCCAUUGAGAAUGAAAAUAGUUCCUCAACGUAGCCUAUUUGAAAAAUCUUUCCACCUCUUCUUUCGAUAACCACUUAAUGUGAAAGGGGGAAAAAAAUGUCAUGUUCUGAUCCGGUGGAAAUGUAAUAAAAUAGGCCUACCUGAUUACUUCUUAUCCCUUGUACAAAUAGCCUAUAGCUGUGUCUGUUCGGCGCUCACUUGGAGCUGGAAACUCUGAGGGCCCAGAAUAUUUUAUACAAUGUUGCAAGUUUGCUAACACAAGCUUCAGACAUAACCCAAGUUAAUAGUUGAUACAAUGUUCCAGGUUCCUUGCAGACAGGCCAUGCGUUGCCAAUGUGAUUUAUAGGAUAUUUAUUUUUAUUAGGAUAUUUUCUACCUGCCUGCUGCAAUGUUUUUAUUUGUUGGCUUUAUGUAGGCUGUUUUUACAUAGUUGGCAAUGGCAAUAGAAGUUACUUUUAGAAUGUUGGUUAACCACAUGAUAAUGAUUUUGAGAUACAAAUACUUUAUUAUAAAUUAAAUUAAACUGUUCCACGAAAAUGUAAAUAUAAAAAUCAUAACUGGCACGCAGAUCGGUAGAAAUGAUAAGAUAAAUUGGCACUCCAAAUGGAAAAGGUUGCCGACCCCUGGUGUAGCCUAUUAGGUGCGUAGCAGCAGGAGCGUAACAGCAGAAUCUGCGAAGGCCAGCAGCAGCGGGAGGAAGAGGGUCGGGAACAUGUAAUUAUUUUCUGGUUAGGCUAUCUUGAUCUCUGGCUCCCUCGAUUCAUUUGUGUGUCUUAAUUAUUUAAUCACAGUGUGCUUAAAGCAUCAGACAAGCUCAGUAGCCUACAUAUAGUUGAUUUUAUUAAAACACAUAGGGUGUGUCAAUAUAGGGAAAAAUACACUUUUUAAGAUUUCGCCCUUUAGUCGGGGACAGCCCUAGGCUGUUUUUACUUUAUGAUAACUUGCUUAUUGUGGUGACAUUAUCACAAGGAACAUCAGAUUGUCCGCUAAACAAACAGAUAAUCGGCCUAGGCUAGCGGAGAUUCAGCACCAUGGAUAGCGCUGUUGAUUAAUUGGCUUGAAUCUGACCAGUAGCCCACUGUGCGCUCGCUUUUGUUAGUGUAACAUCAUGGAACAAUGUUGCAAAUGUCUAUUUCCUUUGUGGACAAAGUGUAUCUGCCGUUUUGUGAUUAGCAACAGUUUAUAUUUUGACCCUUUGCUAGUACGACACGUUAGUUUGGAGAUUUGAAUGUGAGCUGGAGAUUGAGAUUAGACAUUGUCUACUGUAACUGUGUCGAGAGGUCACGUGUAGCCUGCACAUAGCCAAUAGUAAGCAAUUACAUUUAUAGAAGCCAUGCAAGUAUCCUAAGGGAUGUUUUCUAUUGGGGAAUUAUGUUGAGUAAAUAUGGUAGGCUGCUAGCGUUGUGAUGACUGGUCUAGAGGUCUUCACGGUCCAACAGACCCGAAAUUCCGAGAUUCGACACGGGACCGACCGGGUCCGGGUUCUAAAUUCUGACUUUGGUCUCGGAUCUGGGUCGAUUCUGAUAUAAUUGCCUCGGGUCUUGGGUAUGUGCAAUUCAAAUUGAUUUACCGGCUGAACCCGAUUGGACUCGUCUUCUGUUAAUUGAAUGUGUGUGAGGUGAUGAGAACUGCACAAGCUUGUUAUCUGUGUCAGCCAAUUGCAAGUCAAUAAACGUAUAGCUUAUUUCCAGCUGAAACUGGUUCCGGCUGCUCACCUCACGUGCGCCUGCUGCUGAGGAGAGAGACAGUGAAAGGAGCCUCGGCCUAGGCUACUAUUGAUUGCGAAGAUGGAGGCCUUUUUCAUUGAAGUAAAGAGAAAGUUAGAGGAGAAAGAGUGUAGGAAAAAGAAGCCGCUAUUCAGGGUUGAUGCAAUUUCUAACUUUUUUUAUUUUUGAAUUUAUUAUCAUUUAUUUUAUCAUUAUUAUUAUUGUAUAUCAUUAGUAAAGUGUUUGUUUUAUUUUGUUGUGACAUUUUCGAUGGCUAAAUUAAGUUCAAACUGUCUUUUUAAUUUUGUGCUCCGUAUUUAGUUUAAGAUAGGUUAAAAGUAGGCCUGUUGUAAAGUAAAUAUAUAAACUUUUGUGACAUUUUAAACCAGAUCUUUAAAAAUGCAACAAGUGUAUCAUUCUGUUGAGCCAUUUUCUUUGGACCAACUGCAAUUUGUCUAUGUCCUUCUUUGCCGCACCUGACCACACAACUGGACAGUAGUCCAGGAUGCAACAAAACUAGGGCCUGUAGGACCUGUCUUGUUGACUGAGAUAUCAAGAAAGCAGAGCAACGCCUCAUCAUGGACAGACCUCUUGCCAUUUUAGUAACCAUUCUAUGAGUCUAUGGGCUCUAUUUUAACAAAACCUAACGCAAUGGUAAAUGUAAGCGCAGGCGGUAGCGGUAUGGGUUCAGGGGUGUGUCAAAAGUAUUUUUGCUAUUUUCACUAUCACAUUUAUCAGCACACUUGUUUGCGUGAAAGGGCUGGGUUUUGAUGAAUAAACAAGUUGUGGGUGUGUUUUAAGGACACACCUCAAAUAUUUCCACUGCAUCCAUCUGAGCGCAAGCGAGCUGAUAUAAGACAGGUAAAUUGCCGAAUCUGGCAUUAGGGCUGGAAAAUGCCAGUGGCGAAAUUGCAAACUAACGUGCGUUUGACACUAGCUCCACCUUAACGCCAGCCGAAAAUAGAGCCCUAUAUGUUUUGACCACGAUAGCUUCCUAUCUAGGGUGACACCCAGCAGUUUAGUGUCUUCUACUUGCUCAAUAGCCACAUUAUUCAAUAAUAGAUCCAGAUUGAGGUUUAGGGUUGAGUGAGUGACUUGUCCAAAAUAUUUGCUUUUAGUUUUUCAGAUAUUUAACACCAGCCUAUUGCUAGGUACCCAGUCUAAAACUGACUGCUCUAUAUUAAGGGUGUCAGUUAUUUAUUUAACUGUUGCAGCCGACAUGUAUACUGUUGAGUCAUCAGCGUGCAUGGACACACAAGUUUUAUUCAAGGUCAGUGGAAGGUCAUUAGUAAACACAAGAAACCAUAAUGGUCCAAGCCAGCUGCCUUGCGGUACACCACACUCAACCGAAUUUGCAUUAGAGAGGCUUCCAUUAAAGAAAACCCUCUGUGUUUUAUUGGAUAGGUAACUGUCCAUCCAUGAUAAGGCAGAGGAUUUUUUCAGAAAUACAGUAUGCUAUGAUCAAUGAUGUCAUAGGCUGAACUGAAGUCUAACAAAACAGCUCCCACAAUCUUCUUAUGAUCAAUUUAUUUCUGCCAAUCGUCAGUCAUUUGAUGCUGAAAGUCUGUUGUUAAUUUGUUUUCUGUAAAAUAACAUUGUAUUUGGUCAAACAUUUUUCCCCCAAAGUUUGCUAAGCACAGGUAACAGACCAAGGCUGAUUGGUCUGCUGUUUGAACCAUUAAAGGGUGCUUUGAUAUUUUUGGGCAACGGAAUGACCUUUGCCUCCCUCCAGGCCUGAGGGCACACGCCGUCUAGGCUUAGUUUGAAGAUGUGGCAAAUGGGAGUCGCAACCUCAGUGAUUUACCAUCCAGGUUGUUGGUUCCAGUUGGUUUGUCCUUUUCAUGUCUUCCACACUAACUUUGCGGAAUUCAAAGCUACAGUGCUUGUCUUUCAUUAUUUUGUCCGUUAUGCAUGAAUAUGAAGGCUCAGCAUUUGUUUGCUAAUCUUGUCAAAAAAAAGUUAUUAAAGUGGUUGGCAAUAUCAAAGGGUUUGUUAUGAAUGAGCCAUCAGCCUCAAUGAAGGAUGGAGCUGAGUUAGCUUUUCUCCCUAGAAUUUCAUUUAAGGUACUCCUAUCAUUCUUUAUUUCAUUAAUCUUUGUUCCAUAGUAUAGUUUCUUCAGCUUUUUGUUUAGUUUAGUUGCGUGAUUUCUCCGUUUACUGUAUGUUUGCCAAUCUGCUGUGUUGCCAGACUUAUUUGCCAUUCCCUUACCCUCAUCCCUCUAAGCCAUACAGUUUUUCAAUUCAUCAUCUAUCCAUGGGGAUCUGGCAGUUUUAACAGUCAGUUUCUUUAUGGGCACAUGCCUGUCAGUAACCGGAAGAAGCAAUUUCAUAAAUGCUUCAAGUGCAGCAUCAGGAUGUUCCUCAUUACACGCAUCAGGCCAACAAAUAUUUUUCACAUCUUCAACAUAGGAAUCAUUGCAAAACCUCUUGUAUGAUCGCUUAUACACUAUUUUAGGUCCAGUCUUUGGAACUUUGGUUUUGAUAGAUAUGGCUACUAUAUUGUGAUCACUACAUCCAAUGGGUGUGGAUACUGCUUUAGAAAAUAUUAUUUUUAAAAGACAGCUUUUCAUCUAUCCAGAUUUAGCAUUUCUGAUUUGUCUUACACAAUGAUUCCUCAGUUGCUUAAAAGCUUGCCAGUCCAGGCCUAAGCCUUGACCCAAACAAUAAUCUCUUUUAUGAAUUACUUCUGAUCAUUCCAGAGUGUACCAGGCAUUUGAUCUACCUUUAAUCCUUAAUUUUUUGAAGGGGGCAUGACAUCUGCAAAAAGGCUCAAAGCUAAAUCAGAUUCAGGGAUAGCUGAAAUACAAUCAAGGUCAAUAAAAUAAAGGAAAAAGAAAAAAAAAGGAAAGCCUGUUCACUGAAGUUUUUAAAGUUCCUCUUUGUGAUGACACUUAGAUUUUUGUAACUUUGAUUUUUGUAUCUCUAACACAAACAACUGGGCAAUGGUCACUAAUGUCUUGGGUGAAGACACCAGUAGAAACAUAUUUUUCUGGUGUAUUCAUGAGACUCUCUCUAAGCUUUACAGGAAUAUGAUUGACCAUGCAGAUAGCAGAGAUGGCCAUAGAGGAGCCAGAUUGUCACGCCCUGGCUCUGGGGACUCUUUAAUGUUGAGCCAGGGUGUUAGUUCCUAUGUUUAGUUGUUCCUUGUUUUCUGUCUAGAUCGUUUAGAUCUAUGUUGGCCAGGGUGGUUCCCGAUCAGAGGCAGCUGUUGCUCGUUGUCUCUGAUUGGGACCCAUACUUAGGCAGCCUGUUUUGCACAGUUGAUUGUGGGAUCUUGUUCUGUAUAGGUUUGUGUUGGUUAACCUUUAGACUUCACGUAUCGUUUUGUUGUUUUGUUGUUGGUGUAAAGUACUCAUUAAAAGAUGUACGCCUAUCACGCUGCGCCUUGGUCUGCCUCUUACAACGAUCGUGAAAGAAGAUCCACCAAAAUAGGACCAAGCAGCGUGUGCAGGAGCAAACGCCGGGUAUGGAACAGGAGGUUACUCUGGUAGAUGUCCUCCUCGGUUGGGGUAGAAUCCAAGAGGAGGAGGCCGUCGCCUACCGGAGGGCGAUGAGGGAGGAUGCCCAGGCAGGAAGGAAGAGCGGCGCCAACUGGGCCGUCGUAGGAAAGGAGAGCAACCCCAAUAAAAAAAUUUUGGGGGGGCACACGGCAGGACACGGGGCUGCUGGGGCAGCUACAGGCGAGGUUGCGGACUAGGAGAGGAGGCCCAGGUUACGGGGGCAUUGGUCAUGAGGGGGAAGGGAAAAGUGGAGAGGCACGGCGAAGGUGAGUAGGCAGCAGAGGAGCGGAGGUUUAUGAGGAACCAGCCGUCCUUGCACCAAGGCAGUUUGGAUGUGUCACCAGGGCCGGUAGGCCCCUUCCUGUCCCGCACAAGGCCAGUGGUGUGUGUUCCAACGUCCGGCCUGUUUCCUGUCCCUCGACCAGCCUUGUGCCGUCGCCAGCCUGGUCCGGCCCGUUCCUGUCCCCGCACACCCCAAAAAAAAAUUUUAUGGCGUGAACCGGCCCCUGAAAGGGUCCCCAAACCGUCCCUUUCCCCCAAACAGUUUCCCCCCGGCCCGUACCCCAAAAAGUUCCCCACCUCCCUAAAACAAAUUUUCCAAACGCCCGAUUUAAAGGGGGACCGUCCCCUCCCAAAAAAACCCCAAACCCCCGGCCCAAAAAAGCCAUCUCAGCCCACCCCCCCCCACACCAAAGAUUACCUUUUCAACCCACAAAACAGGGAAAGAACACCCAAAAAUUCAAAAACCCCCCCCGGGGGGGCCCACCGCCUUUAAAAAAACCCCAAAAAAAACAAAAAGCAAAAAAGCCCGCAGACAAAACAGGGCCCGGGGCCCAUCAAAGGGUCCGGUCCUUAUGGAACCACUAGGCGUGUUUUCCAGUAGUGGAUCUUGUUCUGUAUUGGGGACUUGCUCCGUCGUUUUUUGGUGGGUGAAAUACUCUUAAAGAGAGGGACACGCGCCGGUGAAAAGAGGGGAACAAAGGGACCCCCAAUUUAACCCUUUCACGUCACAUCACGACGUUUUAACAAUUAUUUAUAUAAUUUACUGUUUCUUGCAACCUUGAUUUAUCUCUGGAAACGAGAAUGAGUUUGGGCGGGAAAUCUCAGUAACCGGUUCCUGCUAUUAAACCAUAGUGUGUGUAUGUGUGUGAAAAAGAGAAGAGCUGGUGAAGUUUUGUGCAGCUGCCCCGAAAUGUUUGUAAGGAUACAGCUGUGGUGUCCCGUUUUGAUCCUUCGAGCUAUAUACAACCAAAGAGGUAAGAGCUGGAAAAGGUUUUAACACAGUGUUUGUGUGAGUUCCAUUCAUCUAGAUCUAUUAAGACCAGUCCUCUACUAACCCAUGGCCUUCGCACCCUGGAAGGAAGCACCGUGUGGCAGCCAACAGUGAUCGAACAGGGAAAGAAACUCCUCCAUGAGGUCCUGGAGACCGUGCAGGGACCCAGCAAGCCCCCGCCAGUGGAGCCAGACUGGGUAUGUAACUGCACUGUAACCUAUACUGCCUUUUAAUCAAUUACUAUUCAAAGCACACCUCCAUGUACAGCCCAAGCAGGGCCUAUAAAGUGAACAACCACGCCAAAUACCGGUAGAUUUUGGUAUUGGCGGGUAAGAAUGUCCAUUUCAACCAGCCACGUUGGGCGGGUGGUCAAUUUGGGCAGGGCUCUACAGUGUGAGUGGUCAUGCCCUCACAUGUGGAAAACCACAAAGCUUGGCAGACAGCUACACUUUCCAAUAAAGAAUCAGGAGGCACUGGUACCUUUUAAGAAUCUUUAGUAGAAUAUAUUUUGUUUUGUAAAAACUGUAACAGAUACAGAAAGGAGAAAAUGUAUAGAAAAGUCACUAUAUACAUUCACACAACUGGUUACCAAAUAAAGAACGCAUUUCUAUCACGAGCUAGCAACAAGAAAACAAGCCUAGCUAGCGAACAUGAUGACAAUUUACAUCACAGGAAUGGUGCCACAAAACAUAUAACACACAAUCUAAAGUGUCCAUAUAGCUUAAUUACUAUGCUUUAACUCUGUCACAAAGAGAUAGCUGAACACUUAAAAUAGCUAGAUACAUCCAAAACCAAAGAAGCUCAAUUCUGUACACGAAAACGUUAGCUAGCAUGCUAACACACAAUGGUUAAGUGAAUGGGCGAUAGUUAGCGCAAUAGCUUAGCAUCAUCGGAAAUUACAAAACUAGAAUAAACAUGUAAAAAACAUAAAUAUUCUAGAAACACAAUUUGAAUCAGCAAAAAGCAUGUUCUAAUAAGCAAAUAAACUUACAGACUUAUCUUUAACCAAGGCCUAGUAAGAUGGAAAAUAAAGCUUGUCUGUCUGUUGCUGUUGCUCCGAUUGUUCUGACAGGAAAUAGCUCUGAACCGAAAGUUAGCAAAUUAAAAGCUACAGUACCCAAUUUCGCCACUAGAUGACAACAUAGGACAAUAUAUACUUUGUACAAGAAGUACAGCUAUCAGAACAGUGAGCAUUACGUUCGCAUUUGCUAAUAAAAAUAGAGUCAAAAGUCAAGUAGCGGUUUUCAAAGUAUUUCUGCAGUUUUUUUUUAUUGAAAGUUUUUGUUCAAUAGAAAUACGUAUCCUAUAUCCAUCUAUAUCCCACCUCGUGCAGCAUCAAUGCCUGGCGGUGAGCUGUGCGCACUGUGAGUGAAGUGCUGAUAGAUACAUUUUUGGAGCAUAAAAGUUGGUAUAAUUUACUCGAAAGCCUACAUAGGUGAGACUGUUGUCCUGUGUUUCUUGGCUAUUACAUUGUUUUGUUCAACAGUGAGGGAAAAAAGAUUUUGAUCCCCCUGCUGAUUUUGUAACGUUUGCCCACUGACAAAAGAAAUGAUCAGUCUAAUUUUAAUGGUAGGUUUAUUUGAACAGUGAGAGACAGAAUAACAACAAAAAAAUCCAGAGAAAAACUCAUGUCAAAAAAUGUUAUCAAUUGAUUUGCAUUUUAAUGAGGGGAAAUAAGUAUUUGACCCCUCUGCAAAACAUGACUUAGUACAUGGUGGCAAAACCCCUUGUUGGCAAUCACGAAGUCAGACAUUUCUUGUAGUUGGCCACCAGGUUUGCACACAUCUCAGGAGGGAUUUUGUCCCACUCCUCUUUGCAGAUCUUCUCCAAGUCAUAAUGUUUCAAGCCUGACGUUUGGCAACUCGAACCGUCAGCUCCCUCCACAGAUUUCUAUGGGAUUAGGUCUGGAGACGGGCUAGGCCACUCCAGGACCUUAAUGUGCUUCUUCUUGAGCCACUCCUUUGUUGGCCUUGGCGUGUGUUUUGGGUUAUUGGUCAUGCUGGAAUACCCAUCCAUGACCCAUUUUCAAUGCCCUGGCUGAGGGAAGGAGGUUCUCACCCAAGAUUUCACGGUACAUGGCGCCGUCCAUCGUCCUGUUUGAUGCGGUGAAGUUGUCCUGUCCCUUAGCAGGAAAAACACCCCUAAAGCAUAAUGUUUCCACUCCAUGUUUUGACGGUGGGGAUGGUGUUCUUGGGGUCAUAGGCAGCAGGCCUCCUCUCCAAACACGGCGAGUUGAGUUGAUGCCAAAGAGCUCCAUUUUGGUCUCAUCUGACCACAACACUUUCAACCAGUUCUCCUCUGAAUUAUUCAGAUGUUCAUUGGCAAACUUCAGACGGGCCUGUAUAUGUGCUUUCUUGAGCAGGGGGACCUUGCGGGCGCUGCAGGAUUUCAGUCCUUCACGGCGUAGUGUGUUACCAAUUGUUUUCUUGGUGACUAUGGUCCCAGCUGCCUUGAGCUGCCUUGUUUCUGCCAUUGUCUCUUAUAACCAAAAAUAGCUUCUGGAUAUCAGGACAGCGAUUACUCACCUCGUUUGGACAAAUAUUUUUUCUUCAACGAGGCGGCCGCGAAGGAUAUCCUACAGACACCCGACAAGGCCCAAAUCCCCGUCAUUCGCAUGAGGAAGAGACAGAGAUAUCGUGGACGUAGGUCGGGGUGCCUUGUAAGGAUCCGACGGCGAGCGAGUAAACUGCCUCUUCCAUCAAUCCUAUUAGCCAACGUACAGUCACUGGAGAACAAAUUGGAUGACCUAAGAUUACGGUUAUCCUACCAACGGGACAUUAAAAACUGUAAUAUCUUAUGUUUCACCGAGUCGUGGCUGAACGACGACAUGGAUAACAUACAGCUAGCGGGCUAUACGCUACAUCGGCAGGAUAGAACGGCUGACUCCGGUAAGACAAGGGGUGGCGGUCUGUGUAUAUUUGUAAACAACAGCUGGUGCACAAAAUCAAAUACUAAGGAAGUCUCGAGGUUUUGCUCGCCUGAGGUAGAAAAUCUUAUGAUAAGCUGUAGACCACACUAUUUACCAAGAGAGUUUUCAUCUAUAUUUUUCAUAGCUGUCUAUUUACCACCACAAACCAAUGCUGGCAUUAAGAUUGCACUGAAUGAGCUGUAUAAGGCCAUAAAUCAACAGGAAAACGCUCAUCCAGAUGCGGCGCUCCUAGUGGCCGGGGACUUUAAUGCAGGGAAACUUAAAUCCGUUCUACCUAAUUUCUACCAGCAUGUUAAAUGUGCAACCAGAGGGAAAAAAAACUCUAGACCACCUUUACUCCACACACAGAGACGCAUACAAAGCUCUCCCUCGCCCUCCAUUUGGCAAAUCUGACCAUAACUCUAUCCUCCUGAUUCCUGCUUAUAAGCAAAAACUAAAGCAGGAAGCACCAGUGACUCGGUUAAUAAAAAAGUGGUCAGAUGACACAGAUGCUAAGCUACAGGACUGUUUUGCUAGCACAGACUGGAACAUGUUCCGGGAUUCUUCAGAUAGCAUUGAGGAGUACACCACAUCAGUCACUGGCUUCAUCAAUAAGUGCAUCGAUGAUGUCGUCCCCACAGUGACCGUACGUACAUACCCCAACCAGAAGCCAUGGAUUACAGGAAACAUCCGCACUGAGCUAAAGGGUAGAGCUGCCGCUUUCAAGGAGCGGGACUCUAACCCGGACGCUUAUAAGAAAUCCCGCUAUGCCCUCCGACGAACCAUCAAACAGGCAAAGAGUCAAUACAGGACUAAGAUUGAAUCGUACUACACUGGCUCUGACGCUCGUCGGAUGUGGCAGGGCUUGAAAACUAUUACAGACUACAAAGGGAAGCACAGCCGCGAGCUGCCCAGUGACACAAGACUUCCAGACGAGCUAAACCACUUCUAUGCUCGCUUCGAGGCAAGCAACACUGAAGCAUGCAUGAGAGCACCAGCUGUUCUGGAUGACUAUGUGAUCGCGCUCUCCGUAGCCGAUGUGAGUAAGACUUUUAAGCAGGUCAACAUUCACAAGGCCGCAGGGCCAGACGGAUUACCAGGACGUGUACUCCGAGCAUGUGCUGACCAACUGGAAAGUGUCUUCACUGACAUUUUCAACAUGUCCCUGACUGAGUCUGUAAUACCAACAUGUUUCAAGCAGACCACCAUAGUCCCCGUGCCCAAGGACUCUAAGAUAACCUGCCUAAAUGACUACCGACCCGUAGCGCUGACGUCUGUAGCCAUGAAGUGCUUCGAAAGGCUGGUCAUGGCUCACAUCAACAGCAUUAUCCCAGAAACCCUAGACCCACUCCAAUUUGUAUACUGCCCCAACAGAUCCACAGAUGAUGCAAUCUCUAUUGCACUCCACACUGCCCUUUCCCACCUGGACAAGAGGAACACCUACGUGAGAAUGCUAUUCAUUGACUACAGCUCAGCAUUCAACACCAUAGUGCCCUCAAAGCUCAUCACUAAGCUAAGGAUCCUGGGACUAAACACCUCCCUCUGCAACUGGAUCCUGAACUUCCUGACAGGCCGCCCCCAAGUGGUAAGGCUAGGUAACAACACAUCUGCCACACUGAUCCUCAACACGGGGGCCCCUCAGGGGUGCGUGCUCAGUCCCCUCCUAUACUCCCUGUUCACCCAUGACUGCAUGGCCAGGCACGACUCCAACACCAUCAUUAAGUUUGCCGACGACACAACAGUGGUAGGCCUGAUCACCGACAACGAUGAGACAGCCUAUAGGGAGGAGGUCAGAGACCUGGCCGUGUGGUGCCAGGACAAACAACCUCUCCCUCAACGUGACCAAGACAAAGGAGAUGAUUGUGGACUACAGGGAAAAAAAAGAGGACUGAGCACGCCCCCAUUCUCAUCGACGGGGCUGUAGUGGAACAGGUUGAGAGCUUCAAGUUCCUUGGUGUCCACUUCACCAACGAACUAUCAUGGUCCAAACACACCAAGACAGUCGUGAAGAGGGCACGACAAAGCCUAUUCCCCCUCAGGAGACUGAAAAGAUUUGGCAUGGGUCCUCAGAUCCUCAAAAAAUUCUACAACUGCACCAUCGAGAGCAUCCUGACUGGUUGCAUCACCGCCUGGUAUGGCAACUGCUUGGCCUCCGACCGCAAGGCACUACAGAGGGUAGUGCGUACGGCCCAGUACAUCACUGGGGCCAAGCUUCCUGCCAUCCAGGACCUCUAUACCAUGCAGUGUCAGAGGAAAGCCCUCAAAAUUGUCAAAGACUCCAGCCACCCUAGUCAUAGACUGUUCUCUCUGCUACCGCACGGCAAGCGGUACCGGAGUGCCAAGUCUGGGUCCAAAAGACUUCUCAACAGCUUCUACCCCCAAGCCAUAAGACUCCUGAACAGCUAAUCAUGGCUACCCGGACUAUUUGCACUGCCCCCCCCACCCCAUCCUUUUACGCUGCUGCUACUCUGUUAAUUAUUUAUGCAUAAUCACUUUAACUCUGCCCACAUGUACAUAUUACUUCAACUACCUCAAGUAGCCGGUGCCCCCGCACAUUGACUCUGCACCGGUACCCCCCUGUAUAUAUAGCCUCCCUACUGUUAUUUUAUUUUACUUCUGCUCUUUUUUUCUCAAUACUUUUUUUGUUGUUUUAUUUUUAACUUUUUUGUUAAAAAUAAAUGCACUGUUGGUUAAGGGCUGUAAGUAAGCAUUUCACUGUAAUGUCUGCACUUGUUGUAUUCGGCGCAUGUGGCCAAUACAAUUUGAUUUGAUUUGAUUUGAUCAUUGACAAGAUCCUCCCGUGUAGUUCUGGGCUGAUUCCUCACCAUUCUCAUGAUCAUUGCAACUCCACGAGGUGAGAUCUUGCAUGGAGCCCCAGGCCAAGGGAGAUUGACAGUUAUUUUGUGUUUCUUCCAUUUGCGAAUAAUCGCACCAACUGUUGUCACCUUCUCACCAAGCUACUUGGCGAUGGUGUUGUAGCCCAUUCCAGCCUUAUGUAGGUCUACAAUCUUGUCCCUGACAUCCUUGGAGAGCUCUUUGGUCUUGGCCAUGGUGGAGAGUUUGGAAUCUGAUUGAUUGAUUGCUUCUGUGGACAGGUGUAUUUUAUACAGGUAACAAACUGAGAUUAGGAGCACUCCCUUUAAGAGUGUGCUCCUAAUCUCAGCUCGUUACCUGUAUAAAAGACACCUGGGAGCCAGAAAUAUUUCUGAUUGAGAGGGGGUCAAAUACUUAUUUCCCUCAUUAAAAUGCAAAUCAAUUUAUAACAUUUUUGACAUGCAUUUAUCUGGAUUUUUUUGUUGUUAUUCUGUCUUUCACUGUUCAAAUAAACCUACCAUUAAAAUUAUAGACUGAUCAUUUCUUUGUCAGUGGGCAAACAUACAAAAUCAGCAGGGGAUCAAAUACUUUUUUCCCUCACUGUAGAUGACAUUUAUUUUUUAUUUUAUGCCCCUGUUCCGAGACAGGAAUUGUCCAGCGGCAAUUACAUUUAUCUGCUUUUUUUGGUUGUUGGUCAAAAGCCGGCAAUUACCGGCUAACGGAAACCCUGGUGUGUGUGUGUGCGUGUGACCAGAUUGAGAAGCAGCUGAAGAAGGCAGGCAGCAUCCAGGGAGAGGAGGAGCAGAAUGAACAGAUGAAGGCUCUGGAGGGCAGUGCCAUGAAGAACAAGAGGACUGGAGCCUUCAUGCAGCAUGACAGCUCAGCGUGGAGCAGGGGUAUGAGAUACUGCAGGCUUUUACUGUCCUGUUUG